AUGGCCGCGCAGGUCGCUGCGGUGCGCGCAGUGUCCCGGGCCCCGGAGGAGCCACCCCCGCUCCCCUCCGGGGACCGGCCCGGCCGGCCCCGUGGCGGCGGGCGCCGGCGGCGGAGCACCCCCGGCGAGGCGGCGAGCGGCGGCAAGCGGGCCCGGCUGAGCCAGCCGCAGCUGUUGGCGGGGCCCGGCCCGGCGGAGCCGCUGCCCCCGGCCGCCCUGCCCGGCCUGCCCGCUGCCGCCGGGCUCUUCACCUUCUCCCCGCUCAGUCUGCCGCCACCCGCCGCGCUCGAGGAGCGCCGCCACCACCACCACCGGCAUCGCCCCGCAGCCGGCCCCGAGCCGGGCCGCCUGGCCGCCGGGCAGCCGCAGAAGGCGAGGCGGAGCAGCCCCGCGGACGGGGCAGCCGGGCGGCCCAGCAAGCGAGAAACUCCAGAUGAGAAUGGCAAAACCCAGCGAGCUGACAGCCUCAUUGUGAAGAAGAUAAAGAAAAAAAAGAAAAAGAAACACCGGGAAGAUAUGAGGGGAAAACGGCUGAAGAUGUACAACAAAGAAGUGCAGACAGUGUGUGCUGGCCUGACUCGCAUUGACAAAGAGACUCUGUUUCAAGGACAGUGUGAUAACUUGGAAGUGAACAAGGAAUCCUUCAGGUAUCUGAAGGAUGAGCAGCUCUGCAGACUGAAUUUGGGGAUGCAGGAAUACCGAAUACCCCAGGGAGUACAAACACCAUUUGUGACACACCAGGAGCAUUCUGUUCGUAGCAGCUUCUUGAAAACUGGCACUAAGUUUAGUAACUUCAUUCACGAGGAGCACCAGUCCAAUGGUGGUGCUCUGGUCCUUCAUGCUUACAUGGAUGAACUCUCAUUUUUGUCUCCAGUGGAGAUGGAGAGGUUUGCAGAGGAGUUUCUUGCGCUGUCGUUCAGUGAAAAUGAUAAGAAUGCAGCUUACUAUGCUUUGGCUAUAGUACAUGGAGCAGCUGCCUAUUUGCCAGACUUUCUGGAUUACUUUGCUUUUAACUUUCCUAACACUCCAGUCAAAAUGGAAAUUUUGGGCAAGAAGGACAUUGAGACAACGACAAUUUCAAAUUUUCACUCUCAGGUCAAUCGAACAUACUGCUGCGGAACCUACCGAGCAGGACCAAUGCGGCAGAUCAGUCUUGUUGGAGCAGUGGACGAAGAAGUCGGAGACUACUUCCCAGAAUUUCUAGAUAUGUUAGAAGAAUCUCCAUUCCUCAGAAUGACUUUGCCCUGGGGUACUCUUUCUAGUCUCAGACUUCAGUGCAGGUCACAAAGUGAUGAUGGUCCCAUAAUGUGGGUGAGGCCUGGAGAGCAGAUGAUCCCAACAGCUGACAUGCCAAAAUCACCAUUCAAACGCCGCCGGUCAAUGAAUGAAAUAAAGAACCUCCAGUACCUACCUCGGACCAGUGAGCCCCGGGAGGUUCUGUUUGAAGACAGAACAAGAGCUCAUGCUGACCAUGUGGGUCAAGGAUUUGACUGGCAGAGUACAGCUGCUGUAGGUGUCCUGAAGGCUGUACAGUUUGGGGAAUGGAGUGACCAGCCUCGUAUAACCAAAGAUGUGGUCUGUUUUCAUGCUGAAGAUUUCACUGAUGUUGUACAGAGACUUCAGCUGGACCUGCACGAGCCUCCAGUGUCACAGUGUGUUCAAUGGGUGGAUGAAGCCAAACUAAACCAAAUGAGACGGGAAGGCAUUCGCUAUGCUAGAAUUCAGUUGUGUGACAAUGACAUCUACUUCAUCCCUAGAAAUGUCAUUCAUCAGUUCAAAACCGUGUCAGCGGUCUGCAGCUUGGCCUGGCACAUAAGACUUAAGCAGUAUCACCCCGUGGGGGAGACUUCUCAAAGUGCAGAAAGCAAUUCCAGCUUGAACAGUAGUGAUCCUGGGAAGACAGAGUCAGAAGGUGAACCCCAGUGCGUGAGCGUAAAAAUAGAGCCUGAAGAACCAGGUGUAGAGAUGCAGCUUGCUCCGGGGGUGCUCUCCUCCUCUGCUUCUUCGAUAUCAGGACUUGUGCAACCAGAUCAGGUGGCCCAGCCCCUUCCAGGUUUUAAAAUAGAGUCUGAUCAGCAACACAAUCCCCAGGAUCAGGCAGGCUCUGCUGUGUGAUGUGUAAAUAAUCCAACGGUUUUUUAACAACUUUUUAAAAUUUUGAUGUGAAGUUAUAGUUUUCUAACUGGCUUAUGUUUUAUUGGAGAAAUCUUGCCUAUAAUUCUAUAAAGAAAGGUGACAUUCCAAAAUGUCAAGCAUAUCUUUUUUACACAGAUUAUGCAAAAUUCAAGUUGUAUUUGAACCCCUUAGUACAACCUGUUAACAGUGGUCUACCACUUCUUUCUGUUUUAAGUAAAGAGAGAUGGAAAUAUCUCCUCAAAAGUUCAGGAUGAAACUCCUCCAGGAACGUGAAAUGAUUGAACUACAUUGGUCAGUGUUACUCCCUUACCUUUACUUUAUUCUCUGGUCUUCACCAAAACAAGUGAUGCUUUUGUAGAAGACUUGCAAAGUGACUUUCCCAUCUCACUUUAAUUGCUUACAACAAACAAAAGAGAAAGCACAGCACUUUUGAUUCGUGACAUUUUUUGGUGUGUCUGUUCUUGACAUGUUGAUUUCUAUAGGAGUUGGUUUGUAUACAAGCUGUAGGAAUCAAUCUCUACUUCAUACAGUUCCUACAAAGGUGAUCUGUAAAACUAACUGAAGAACGUCUCUGAUCCUCUUGAAAUGCAAUGACUUAACUGACCUAACGUUUUUUUCAUAGCACUGCUUACGUUGUUUGGUGUGAGGGUUUUGCUUCCAAAAUACAUCUUCCCUGAACAUGAUUAAUACUAGUGUCAAAAAUUAGAGAACCUUUUGGUAGUCUUGUGGAGGAAACUGCUAUCUUUGAGCACUUUAAGGCUUUAAAAUACUAACCAACGUGGCAGCUUGUUCUGAGCAGGUCGUAAUGUGUCCAACGGAACCACACUUUCCCCUUGUACUGAUGCACUUCAUGUAAUAGCAUUGAGUUGGUACUGACGUACACAGUAAGGCUGUCCUUGUCCUAGGAACUCUGUAUUACUAUUUCACAAUAAAGCAUUUUGGCAUUGGGCUGCUUUUUCCAUGUGUAGCUUCUGGGUGCCCAGGUACUGUGGAAAAACCAGCGGCACAUGCUCAGUGUGUAAAGUGUCAGCUAUCAACAGCUUUUAAACAACCUUUCAAUAUUUCUGGAUGUUAACUGUGAUCUGUAUUUGACUUUCUCUCACUCUGUUUAUUACUUGCCCUUUCCAGUCAUCAAAAAGGAACCUUUCUCCCUCUCCCAUCCCCCUCCCCACGUUUAGAGUACAAGUUGGGUUUUGGUGCAACUUAAGCUGUCUCCAGAUAAGUUUUUAUUUGUUCUAAUCCUCACUGGGGUAGGAAAGAUUUGAAACACUAUGUUAGACUAGACAAAAGCAAAGAUGCUGUGUUAGUUCUGGAUGCAUCAUUUUAAUAUCAAUUAUUACUCUUCUCUUUAUAAGGGUCUCUAAAAUAUGUUACUCUAUUAUAAAUCUUACUUUGUGCAAUAUUGUUUGUGUAGGCUUUUAUAUACAUAUUAGCACCUCGGUGUAGAGGUCACUAUUUUAAACUGAUAGAAAAAUACUCCUCAGAAGAUACUGCAGUGAUUAGUUAGAGCCUGUAUUACUCCUUAUGUGUGUGUAUGUAUUGUCUUCGGUACAAAAAUGAGGACUAGGAGCUAUUGCAAUUUUAAAACUGAUUUACAGAUUGAAGUGGUAGUGACUCGUUUAGUAAUCUGUGUAAAUAAGGUGUUAGAAUGGAAAGCUUUUAUGAUGAGCAGUAAUGUGAUUCAUGCAGGGGUGUAAUUUAAUCUUAGCAGAAAUUCUAGGUGACCCAGCCUGGCUCAUCCAGCAGCCGUCUGUUCUCUGGUGGGUUGUUGAGUUUUUUUCUUCCUUCCCCCUCCCCCCCCACUUUUUACAUUGAGAGGAAUUUCAUAGCUUUAAGGGUUGUGCAAAGUACAAUUCCUCACGGGCAAUAGUGGUUUUGGUUCAUCCUUCACAUUCAAAGACCCUGUUACCCACGGGCGUGAUUUCCUUUGUACCAAGUUUGCUAGUCUUCCAAGUGCCCAUUUCACUUCUCAUGUGCUGUUCUCCGGCCGCGUCGGCAGAGGUGCGUCGCUCCGGUGGCCGCUCUGGCAGCCAGCACUGCCUGCAAUGACUCAGGAACUGGCCAAGCUGCAGAUGCUACAGUGAGUCUGCAGACAUUCACAGGCAGAAGGAACAGGUCAAGAGCCCUCCUGCACCAACUCGUCUGGUUUACAGUGAAAGCUGAAAUAGAGUGGAGAGGGAAUCAGUGUGGAAGUCCUCUGUAAAUUCUUGUGGUGUGCUCUCAGAUGGUAGAGGAAGAAGACCAGAGUGGCUCAUACUGCUUUUAGAGCUGUAGCUUUAGUGAAAUCACUGGCUACAGCUUGAAAUACCUGGAAAAUGCUCUGAUUUAUCUCUUUGUGAUAGGGGGACGUGCCCAAUCGUGUCAUCCCUUUAUCAUCCCUUCCAUUGGUAACUCAAUAUCUAAUGUCAGAUGUAAAUACAGAAAUGUGUCUUCAAAUCACUUGAAUAUUGCUGAUGCUUGGGAUAUAGCAUGCUUGGGAGACUGAGGAAGAGAGGAACUAACAAUCCAUUAUCUAAGGAAAUGAUCAGCUUUGGUGCGCUGUAACCAAAAGGGCAGGUUCCUCUCAAACUACCACCCCAGUCCUGGGUGUGAAGGGAGAGGGCUUGCUCCAUGAAGCUGAUUGCUCUGCUGUCCUGCUAUUGCUUCAAGAUUGCUUCAAUUACACUGGAAACAACAGAAUAGAACUAGAUCAGUGCUUCGAUGUGAGAAAGGAAAAUGUUUUCCAGAACAAGACAUGUGGAAUACUGAUGUUAUAUUAUAAACUGCAACUGCUGGGGAAUGAAAUGAGUAGUUCAAGCCACUUUGUGCUUGCUGAGCAAAACGAAUCUCUGGUAGGUCCAAGUAAAUAUUUUAGAAUCUCAUGUUAAAGGGCUGGUUGUUGAAGGCAAAUACAAAUGUGCUGGUCAGUUACUGCAGGUCCUCAGUUCUCUGUUGCUGGGCAUUGCCCUGUGUAGGGUUGUCAGUUGAGAAGUGGAAAUCACCCUGGCUGUAUGCUAGAGACAACUGCUAACUGACCAGGGAGAGGCGACUGGCUUGGAGUUAGAGAACCUGAGUUUAGGCUUCUAGUUUAAAUAAACUGCUGUUGAUUUAAAACAACACUUGGGACGAUGAGGAGUGGCUCAGUUGUGCUAGAUGUGGAGUGGCAAAAUGCAAUUUAAAGCUGAAGUAUCAGUUAGCCUCAGCUUCCUCUCUCUUUCAGCCACGCUGCAAGUCCUGUUGCGCAGACAGCUGCUGCGUUCUCUUCCAGGAGGGUGGGACACUCAGUGAGGUGUUCUCAGGGGAUUUACAAUGAACCUUUGUCCCAGGCGUAGAUCUUGCCGUACAGAAAAGGGCUCUCUGCUGUGCUCUGCCGGUGUUAUGCACCUUACAGUUCUGGACGGGGUUCCUUGUCAGAGCUGUUCCACAGCCGAGAGCUCAGAUCCUCACCCUGCCGAGGCCCUGCCGCCGUUCGCGGCGCUGAAUCAGCCGGUAACAGGCUGUGGAGUUGCGGUUUCCGAGGGGGGCUGAGCUGGCAGCUCCGUUCUCACUGAGGAGCGGGAGGAGGGGAGGCCUGUCCAUGCUGUUGGGUCCCCGCCCCAGGGCUUGCCCCGCGUGUUCUGGUGCAGCCAGAGCGCCCCGGGUGAGCUCCCAGCCUUGCGCGGCUGCCUCGGGCCCGUGGCGCAGGGUAAGGCAGUGCCGGACGGCACCCGGGGGCCCGGGGCAGGCCUCCGCUCCCGCUUAGUGUGCAACCUGUAAAGGGACUUCUGCGUUGCUGUUUGUGUUUUCGUUUGACUCUGAUUGGCAGCUACGGUUUCUUUUUUCCUGUGGUUUUAAUUUAUCUGAGGUCUCUGCCUGCAGAGGACGUGUACAAUUGCCUGGAAGACUGUUCGCUGUGUGCGGCCUUAGUAUAUUUAUUGACUUUAGCUGUUGCGCGGCGUGAGGUGAGUAGUGCGGGAGCGCGGCCCCGGCACCGCGCCGGCGCAGCGCAUCGCCGUCCCUAGCUGACUGUACACCAGUGUCAAACUGUUAAGCUAUUUCUUUGUACAAUAGUCCAACGGAAUGCAUAGAAUUUUUUUCCUGUAAAGUAUUUUUUUAAUAAACAAAGUCUGAUUUUGUCCUUUA